AUGCCAAGUAAUAACAACAACAACUACUCAAGCAACACCUCAAUGGAAGAAUUCAAACUAGCUGUGGUUGGUGGAGGAGGUGUCGGUAAAAGUGCUCUCACUGUGCAAUACAUCCAAAACAUUUACAUUGAGGAAUAUGAUCCAACCAUUGAAGAUUCCUAUCGAAAACAUGCCAAAGUUGAUGAUAAAGCUUGCUUUUUGGAAAUUCUCGAUACUGCCGGUCAAGAAGAAUACAAAGCUCUUCGUGAUUCCUAUAUGAGAACUGCUGAUGGUUUCUUAAUGGUUUAUUCGGUGAUUGAUCGAAAGACAUUUGAAGAAAUUAAUGAAUUCUAUGAACAAAUUCUGAGAGUGAAAGAUUGUGAUAAAGUACCAAUGGUCCUCGUAGGAAAUAAGUGUGAUUUGGAAUCAGAGAGAGUCAUUCGUAUGGAUGAAGCAAAACUCUAUGCCAAGCAAUUAGGAAUUCCUUUAAUGGAAACAAGUGCUAAACAACGAUUCAAUGUGGAUGAUUGUUUUAUGGCAUUGGUUCGAGAAGUGAGAAAGUCCAAGAAGCCAUUCGAAGAUCUUGACGUUCGAAAGAAGAAGAAGAAGAUGUGUAGUAUCAUGUAA